CAUUUACCUGUGAAUACUACAGAAGCUUCAGCAGAGUGUUGCUUUUUUAGAGACAAAGGACAUAGGGCUGGGUUGGUGUAUUCCGCUCUUUUGGCCCAUUCAUGCCCGUCAUGAGCGUACCUGCCCAACAGAAAGCCAGCGCCAAAAGAACGGGCAAACGGAUCACAUUUUUUGGCGAUCACGGCGGAGACUCAAUGAAGGAGACUUCACAGCAUCCUGACGGGGCUUACUUUGUCCCGAGCGGCCCUGCCUCAGAGUCUGGACAAAGCGAGGCGGCGAGUACUGUGAGCUCCAAUCCAGAAGGUCCUCACAUGUACCUCAACUCUGUGAUCUUCAGCCCAGAUAAGGGGGACCAGAGCAGGGGUCACUAUCAGCAGACUGUGCCAAUGAAAUGGGCUAACCCAGAGCCCAGCCAACAACAGCAGCAACAGCAGAGAGCUGCGUCUUGGACCACAAUGCCUAACUGGGGGCCAGCCUUUGCAAACUACACAAGGACCCAGAAUGCAUUUGUCAAACCGAUGCACGACCCUGCCGGCUUACAGCCGCAUCAGCAGCCGGUGAACAGAGCAGCGGAUGCAGCAAAGUCUCGAGCGCUUGAGUGGGAGCAGCAGCAGCAGCAGGCUUCCCAAAUCUUUCAGGAGACGCUGAAACCCGGAGUGCUGAACGCUCACCAGCAGGGCUCCUCCCACCCUGGAGGAAGCUCGGUCUUGCAGUCCUUCCAGUUAGCCUUUGGUCAGCCCAAACAGCACCUGCCCGCUUAUUACCAGACCUUCCAAGGGAACAGGAACACACUACCUAACCCGCCUAACUACUCGGCACCUAAUUCUAAAUCCUCGCUACACUUGCAGCAGCUGCAGAGCCAAGAACAAAUGCAACGACAGCAGCAGCAUCAUGUCAUCCAGCAGCAGAUCCAGCAGCAUCACCAGAUCAUACGACAUCCACACGUGCAGCAGCAGUUACACCACGAGCAGCAGCAACAAAAGAUGCAACAGCUCCAGAUUCAGCAACAAAUGCAACAUCAGCAGUUGCAACAACAAAACCCCCAUGUGCUAGACUAUUUCUCUGGUGCACAAAAUGCGCACCCUCAUCCACAGCCUGUGGUGGUACACUCCCAGGAAUCCACCGCUCCAGCUCCCCCUAAGAUCCAGGAACCAGUGAUCCAAGACAUCACGCCAGAACCCCAGCAGCCGUCCGAUCCUCUGCAGCCCCCCCUGCUCCCCGAGCCCCCGUCGCAGUUACAGUCUCAGACACAGCUCAACUCCCAGGGGCAGCUCCGCAGGUCCCGGCGGCUGUCCAAGGAGGGCGGGGCGCCGUCUGACAACCCUUUUCUCUGCGGGUCCUCGGAUCAGGCAGGACCCGAAAACGGGGCCCGUGACGUUCAGGCAGCACCCACGGGGGUCAUCCAGAGCACACGCAGGAAGCGCCGGGUGUCCCAGGAGGUCAACCUGGAGAUGCUCGCCCAAGAGGCGUCAGAGAGGAAGUCUCCUUCGCUCAGUAAGGAGCCUCACAGGCCGUGGAGUCCCGCCACGGACGGCAUGAACGGCAAGCGGCCCCGAGACGACAGCCUCCUCCCGCUUGUCAUCCCCGUAUCUGUUCCCGUUCGGAGACAGGAAGCCUCGUCCCCGGAUAGGGACGGCGUGGCUCUGACGCCCAGCUGGCCUAACAGGCCUUCCAACCACCAGGACCUGGGCCGCGCCGAUCACAAGCCCUCUGUCAUCGUCACCCGCAGACGCUCUCUUCGAAACUCUUUGUCGGAAAGCUCAGAGCAGAACGAUGGCACAGAGGGAGAGAGGGACGAUGACGGCAAGAAGUCCAAACGGCGCCCCCGACCAGAGCCUCUCUUCAUCCCGCCGCCUAAACCUAGUUUCUUCAUCGCCCCGCCCGUCUACUCCAGCAUCACCCCCUACCAGAGUCACCUCCGCUCUCCGGUUCGCCUCGCCGACAACCCGAUCACGAUGCCCCCGUACACGCCGCCGCCGAUCCUCAGUCCCGUUCGGGAAGGCUCGGGCCUCUACUUCUCCACCUUCCUGUCGUCGGCUGCAGCCGGCGGUCCUGGCCUGCCCCCUCCCGCCACUCCCAAAUCAGCAACUCGCAGCCUGUUGCGUUCCAACAGCUGUGACAUCACGCCGCCGGUGCUGUCCGCCAUGAGUGAGACCACUCCAGUCAGCAUCGAACCACGGAUAAACAUCGGGUCACGGUACCAAGCAGAGGUACCAGAGCUGAGGCAGAGGUCAGCUGUGGAGCUGGAUCGCCAUCGAGCAGAACUUGUUUGGGCCCCGCCCUCUGAACUGGAGGAAAAACCAGACUUUAAGGACAAGGUGGAAGUCCUCAUGCACCUGGCCUGUUCCAGUGUGUUAUAUGGAGGAGGCACCAACCAGGAAUUGGCGCACCACUGUUUGUACGAGAGCAAAGGGGACAUAAUGGCCGCACUGUCUCUGCUGAUGCUGAGGGAUCCGAUCUUCCCCAAGACCCAUCAUCUAUCCAGCUACCAUUACUCAGGAUCAGACAGCUGGACGGCAGCUGAGAGGCGCCUGUUCAACAAAGGCAUGGCUGCGUAUAAGAAGGACUUUUUCAAAGUGCAAAAGCAGGUAACGACUAAGACCGUGGCGCAGUGUGUGGAGUUCUACUACACAUAUAAGAAACACGUGAAGAUCGGCCGCACUGGGGCGCUGAUUUAUGGCGAGGCCGAGCCUUUGGAGAGCAGGACGGCAGAGGAGGAACUGGACCACAAGGCCUCUCAGAGAGUGGAGCCACAGCAGGAGGAGGACAGCAGGAAGUGGGAUGGUUCAGCUGACAGGAAACAGGAUGUUUGUCCCACCGGGGCGACACACACGCUGCCGUCCACAGAGAAUAUCGGGACGGUGCUCAUCAUGAAGGCCAAGGAGGAGGUGGGAAGGGAGCAGCCGUUGUCCAGAGUCAUCCACCACACCCAGCCACCCCAAACCAAGCCACGCUUUGAGGGCAACACACGCAAGCCCAGCCCCCCUUCCAGCAACAAGGUUCCCGUGGGGCAGGAGGGCGAGUUCCCCUGCAAGAAGUGUGGCAGGAUUUUCUACAAGGUGAAGAGCCGCAGCGCUCAUAUGAAGAGCCACGCCGAGCAGGAGAAAAAGGCAGCCGCUCUGCGCCUGAAGGAGGCAGAGGAGCGAGCGGCAGCAGCCGAGGCCGCCGCCGCCGCCAUGGCAUCAAGGCAGCAGAACGGAACGCGACCGGCGGGCGGCGACAGCGCCAACGACAACUCGUCGGGCGGUGAGGACGACGAGGACGAGGACUGGCAGAAUUAGGGUGGAUGGAGAGACUGGUUUUAUCAGGCAGGGCAGCUUAUUCUCUUGUAAAGAGAAGAAACAUUCACCCUCCUUUUAUAGAAACAGGAAACAACAGACAAUGCUCCAAGGCGUGCGAGCGUCUGGAUCAGUUCGUUUUCCAAACAUCCCCUUUACUCAGCUUGAAAAGCUUCUUCAAGAGUCAGCGCUCUUGCUCACAGGGCUCGGUGAAAUCAAAGCCAUGCCUCCACUACCGGCGUCGCCCUGUGGA